GAAAGUGGUAUCCAUAUCAUCAUCGUCCCUCUAAUUCUCAUGAACUUCUACGUUGUAGCAAACACUAUUCAUUCCCAUUCAUUCAACCACGCUCCACACACAGAGACGAGAGUGAAAAUCAAUGGACAUUGCUAUUCUUGCCCGUGUCAUAUCCAACAUCCUUCAAUGCACUAACACCUUACUAGCACCCCCAGCAGCUCGCCUUUUCUCAAACGAUCUUCGACCCUUGAUGAACUAUCUCGAGAGGAUCCAUGCCAAGCUUCAAAACCCCAACAACUCCCGAGAUCCCAAGGUUCUUCCUUGGUUACUAGAGGUCAGCGAAGUGGUCAACGAUUUGGAGGAUUUGAUGGUGGAUCUUCGUAACAACGCCACUGCCAAAAGGUCUCUCAUCAAAGCCACUCAAAACAUGGGGCAUCGCCUCAAACUCAGGCAACAAAUCAAGAAAGCCACUGAGGACCUCCAACGCUUGGCACCGCCACAAAACUUGCCCUUGGCAACCCCGCAAGAGAGCAAAGCAAUUACCCCACAAGAGACUAACAUCCACAGAAAGUUGACAGAAUUAAGCGAGGAAUUUCAUAAUAAAGUUGUAGCCGUUGGAAGAGAAAAUUCCAAGAAGGAGAUUAUAGAUCAACUCAAGUUGUCUGUCAACAAGAGUGGAGAUACUUCCUUUCCUGUUGUUACCAUUGUUGGAGUUGCAGGAAUUGGGAAGACUAAACUCGCUGGUCUUGUUUAUGGGGAUGAGGAAGUCAAAUCCUUUUUUGGGUUACAAGAAUGGGUUCAUGAAACCUUCCUCGUGGAAUCCGUCGCAACAUGUGUCACUGAAGCAGCUAACAAGGGAAAACACUUUCUUCUUGUGCUGGAUGAUUUCAAAGAUGAGGAAUGUCUCCAGAAGUUGCAGCAGAAAUUAAAGGAAGCUAGUGGGGUAAUACUCAUAACUACACGUAGCAAUUUUGUUGCUAACAAGAUUGGUGGCAAGGUUAAGCCGUAUGCUUUGCAAGGGCUUAACGAAGAGGAAUCGUGGUCACUGUUUCAGCAAAUUCGUGGACAAGGUUCAAGUGACAUCAAGGAAGAUAUUGAACGGAAGAUAGUGAGGGGAUAUUGUGGUGGAGUCCCUAUAAAGGUAAUAACUGUAGCAAGGUUGAUAAAUUGCUAUGAAACACCAUUUUCCGAAGAAGAGUUGAAGGAGGAUUUUCUACAGGAGUUGAAGAUUACUUAUUACGACCACCUUCCCAUGCAUCAACAGAUACGUUUUGUUUAUUGUUCGUUGUUUCCUCAAGACCACGAGAUAGACGCUGAGAGGUUGGUUCAUCUCUGGAUGGCGGAAGGGUUUCUCCCUCGGCACCUUUCUGAUCCACAUGAGUUUGGCUUAGCAUGUUUCAACGACUUUGUUCCUUUUGUUUUUGAGGUCGCGGGGAGAGACGAGCUUGGUGAUGUGAAGAGCUACAAAAUGAACCGUUUAAUGCAUGAAUUAGCGAAGACUGUGGCCUGGGACGAUAAUGUCAUAGUGGACUCAGAAGGGAACGGAGUUCACGAGGGAGUAGUGCGAGCUUCGUUUCAUUUUGCGUUGGAUAUUCAGUGUGGAAUCCCACAGGCUUUGUUCGACAAAGCGAAGAAACUGAGGACCAUUCUUUUGCUGGGAAACACUAACAAUUCGCGGCUUCCACACGAGGUGAAGAUGGCCACGUCAACUUGUGAUGAAAUCUUCAACACUUUCAAUUGCUUGCGCGUGUUGGAUCUCCAUGACUUGGGGAUCACGAUGGUGCCGAGCUCUAUUGGGGAAGUGAAGGACUUGAGGUAUCUCGAUCUGUCCCAUAAUAACAUAGAGAAGCUUCCUAGUUCAAUUACAAAGCUUUUCCACUUGCAGACGUUGAAACUAUCCCAAUGUCAUAUUCUCAAAGAGUUGCCAAAAGACUUGGAGGAUCUAAGUUGCCUCGUGCAUCUUUACUUAGAUGGGUGCCUUGAUCUCACGCACAUGCCACGUGGGAUAGGCAAGUUGAGUCAUCUACAGACAAUGUCACUUUUUGUGGCCAGCAAGAACUACCACAUGGGAGGUCUUAGGGAACUCGCGGAUCUCGAUAAACUUAGAGGGAACUUGGAAAUUUUGCAUCUGGAGCAAAUGAAGUUCUCUGCCUCAUUGGACCCCAAAGAUAAUAAGUAUUUGAGAGAUAAAAAGCACCUUGACUGUUUGACUUUAAGAUGGGAUCAUGAUGAUGAUGAUGAGGAGGAGGAGGAGGAAGACAAUGAAGUUGAUAAGGAAGACUACAAGUCACUGGAAUGUCUCGAGGCAAAUUCAAAUCUGAGAGUGUUAUGUGUCGUGGGCUACUAUGCUAACAUGUUUUCUGAUUGGCUUUCUUCAAUUCAGUGCCUUGUUAAGUUUAGCUUGAAUGAUUGUCCCAAUUGCCAAUUUCUCCCAUCAAUGGAUCACCUCCCACACCUCAAGGUUCUAGAACUAAGAAGGUUGGACUCUCUUAAAUUCAUUUCAAAAAACUGUGACCAAACUAGUGCUGAUGAUGCAGAAGGCUCCUCUUCCUCUCCUUCAAUUAGCACACCAUUUUUUCCAUCGUUGGAGGAACUUACAAUCUCUGACUGCCCAAAACUCAGAAGCUGGUGGGAAACUGAGAAGGGGGAAAAAGAUAGACCAUUAUUUAUCAGCAUUUCUAAACUACAUGUCCAAUGCUGCCGUGAGUUGCAUUGCAUGCCUUUGUAUCCUUACCUGGAUGAAGAGUUGGUCCUUGUGGAUUCUAGCGUAAGGCCAAUGAGAGACACGGUGCAUGCUAAAACUUCAGAAGACUUGCUUCCUUUCACCAAAUUGAAGUCCAUGGUAAUCGAGCGCAUUACAGAAUCUCCACCAGAGAGUUGGCUUAAAAACUUUACUUCCCUAGAGAACCUCAGAAUUCGAGAUUGCUCUGAAUUAAAGUCUCUACCCCAAGGUUUCAGGUAUAUGAGCUCACUCCAGCGUCUCUCCAUUGAAAGAUGUCCGAAACUUGAGCUUGACAAAUCGGAGAGUGAAUGGAAGGGUCUGAAACAGCUACGUUUUCUGACAAUAAGGGAGAUUCCAAAGCUGGAGUCCCUUCCAAAGGGUGUUGAGAAUGUUACCUCUUUGAAAGAGCUCGGGCUUUAUGAAUGCAACGCCUUAACUUCAUUGCCGGAUAGCAUAGGCAAACUCACAUCGCUUCGUAAACUAGUGAUUUGUGAAUGCAAAAGGUUGGUUUCGCUGCCCAAAGGAAUACAAAAUCUCAAGUCUUUAGAUACCUUGAUCAUUACCGACUGUCCCCGGUUAUUGCCAAGGUGUCAAAGGGAAACGGGUGAUGAUUGGCCACAAAUUAAACAUAUCCCAAAUAUCCGGGUCGACCUCAACUUCUUAUCCCAUUCCGGAUUAUACCCAUAUUAUAGUAUUUCACCAAUGCAAUCGAUGUAUUAUAAAUAUAGUGCUUCACAUGGAAACAAUUUUUAUGAGGACAACUCAGAUGGCUGUUGCCUAAUGUAACCAUUUUCAGACUCUGCUAGUUUAAGAAUAUAUUAAAAGGAGUCAGAGGCACAUAUGCCAAUUGGUCUUUUGGCAGGUUGACUUCACUCUUUUCCCAGCUUUUCGCACUCCUAGACUCUUGAGGAGAAUGUAUCAUAAAAUGACAAAAAAAGAGAAGAAACGCACGCAUACACAGGUGCAUGGAGAGGAUCACUUGGAGACAGUACAAGAAGAGAAGAGACAAAGGACACAAUAAUCCGGGUUUUAAUUUGCUAGCAGCAGUACACUGAGAAUUUAGUAUUCACUAUUCAGUAAACUUUCUAUUGUCGUUUGGGUGAGGAAUAACUCAUAUACUUGAUCUAUGUAUUCUGAUACUGGUUGGUUAUGCGAAUGAUGCUUCAUCAUUGAAGUGUUAUAUGUUGAUAUUUUGUUUGAGAAGAGAGCGAUUUAUUUCUUGUU